AUGGAUUUGUAUGGAAUGAGAGUUGAAUCACCUAAAGGUGUCAAGAAUGCAGAAAUGGGUCAUAAAGAGAUUGAAAACAGUAGGUUCUCAUGUAAAACCAGAAACUUGAGCUCUCUGCAUGGAAAUAAAGACUUGAAAGAUUGCUCUCUUCAUCACUGGAGGUGUAAUGAGAAUGGAUUCUUAUACUAUAGAGACAACUCACUGGGGAGACGAUUGGGUAGCCAAGAGAACCCGAAGGUUAAGGUAUCUUUUAUAAGAAAUGUUUUUCCAGGCCUAGGUUAUGAGCUGUUUGCUAUGAAGUACCCUACUGAAUUCUACGAAGCAGUUGGUCCUAGAUUUGGUUUCAAGAGGUUAUGAGCUGGUUCAGUAACUUUUCUUUGAGUUUUCUUAUUAAUCUGAUCAAAAUGAUGAUUUGUGGCUCUUGUUUGUAGCUUUGAAAAACAUGAAAGAGCACAAGGAAUCCCAAGGUUUUUAGUGAAUGCUUGUUAUGGAUUGUUCACCAGUUGAUGACUUUGGUGUCUAACUUUUGAAACUUACGGUUUUGAAAUUUUUUCUACUUAGAAAUUUCCAGCCCCUGAUAUCCAUGUUUGUUAAACUGCAGUGCAGUUAAUUUCGUUACGACAAAAGAGCUUUUUCUAUCCAUGGGACAUGAUUUGAUAGAUUUUUGUAAGGAUGUUACUGAUGACACCUGAAAUCUUGCAAUCAAACUGUUGGGAGCUUUACACAAGUAUGUUGGUUCAGGGGACUGCAGCUCCAAAGAGAGUGGUUAAGACCUCAGUUUCAAAAUUUUCUUAAAGGCUUUUUAAGAGUCCUCAUUUGAAGAGAAAUAAGUGUGAGUGGGUCUCAAUGAACUCCUGGUCAGUCUGAAGGAGAGACCAUUGCUUCUGCAAUAAGAAUUGAUGGAGUGUAAGUUUAUCUACUCUAGAAUGGAAGAGUGGUGCUAGACAUUGGAUCUCCAAUUUAAGUGGCGUCUUCAGUAUCGGAUCAGUCCAUACUUUUGCAAAUGAGUUGA